AUGACUUACUAUCAGGCUUUAUUACUGGACUCAGACAGGGUAAAUUUUGGGCCGGUAGUUUCCCUUAACCCUGCUACCUUGCUGCCACUGCCUAGCCCCUCCGAGGAGCAUGACUGUCUCCAGAUUCUAGCCGAAGCACAUGGCACCCGCCCCGAUCUGACAGAUCAGCCGCUCAAGGACCCAGACGCUGUCUGGUACACAGAUGGGAGCAGUUUCCUGGAAGAGGGGGAACGCAGAGCCGGGGCAGCUAUAACCACCGAAUCGGAAGUGGUAUGGGCAUCGUCGCUCCCGCCCGGGACAUCGGCCCAGCGCGCAGAACUGAUUGCGCUCACCCAAGCUCUCCGGAUGGCAGAAGGUAAGAAGCUCACAGUUUAUACUGACAGCAGAUAUGCCUUCGCCACUGCGCAUGUCCACGGGGAAAUCUACAGACGAAGAGGCCUGCUGACGUCCGCGGGUAAGGAAAUCAAGAACAAAAAAGAGAUCCUAGACCUCCUAAAGGCCCUGUUCCUCCCGCUCCAACUCAGUAUUGUCCACUGCCCGGGGCAUCAAAAGGAUGACUCGGCGGCAGCCAGAGGGAAUCGGCUGGCAGAUCUGACUGCUCGAACAGUGGCUUCCCAGCCAGCAGGAAACAGCCAGUUAAUGGCUAUACAAGAACCACAGCCUGAGAGAGACCCCGUGCCCUAUAGCCCAGAAGACCAUGAGCUAGCAAAGAAAAUGGGGGCGGACUGGGAACAAGGAAGACAGGCAUAUAUACUAGGGGACCGGAUGGUCAUGCCAACCACCCAUACCCGAUAUAUGCUGAGAUUCCUACAUGCAUUGACCCAUUUGAGCAAAAACAAGAUGAAGACCCUAUUAGACAGAGAAAACACCGGGGCAGUGCUGCUGAACCAGGAUCAGGUACUCCAGCAGGUAACUUCUACCUGCCCAGCCUGUGCUCAGGUCAAUGCAGGGAAGGUUCAUCUGAACAAGGGGGUCCGCCAAAGAGGCCAUCGUCCUGGUGUUCAUUGGGAAAUAGACUUUACAGAAAUAAAACCUGGACUCUACGGGUACCGGUACCUCCUGGUCUUCGUGGACACUUUUUCCGGAUGGAUUGAGGCAUUUCCAACCAAGAAUGAGACGGCUAACGUGGUAACAAAGAAACUGUUGGAAGAAAUCUUCCCCAGGUAUGGGAUGCCUCAAAUAUUGGGGUCAGAUAACGGGCCUGCCUUCGUCUCCCAGGUAAGUCAGAAGGUGGCCAAACUAUUGGGGGUUGAUUGGAAACUUCAUUGUGCAUACCGCCCCCAAAGCUCAGGACAGGUAGAACGAGCUAAUAGAACGAUCAAGGAGACUUUAACUAAAUUAACGCUUGCAACUGGCACUAGAGAUUGGGUGCUCCUACUUCCCUUGGCUCUCUACCGAGCCCGAAAUACUCCUGGCCCACAUGGCCUAACCCCUUUUGAGAUCAUGUACGGGGCCCCACCUCCUGUUGUAAGCUUUCUCCAUCCUGAUAUUUCAUCUUUUGCCACCACCCCUACUUUAGAGGCACAUCUUCAAGCCCUCCAACUGGUGCAGAGGGAGAUCUGGAAGCCCCUGGCCAAAGCUUAUCAGGAGCAGCUAGACAAGCCGGUGGUGCCCCACCCCUUCCAGAUCGGGGACUCCGUUUGGGUCCGACGACACCAGACCAAGAACCUGGAAUCACGGUGGAAGGGGCCCUACACUGUCUUGCUGACCACCCCCACUGCACUUAAGGUCGACGGGAUUGCUGCAUGGAUCCACGCCUCUCAUGUGAAGGCUGCCAGAGAACCCGACCCAGCAGGAUCCAGAAAGUCAACAUGGACAGUGCGCCGUACACGAAACCCCCUAAAAAUAAGGUUGGCCCGCAGCUCCUCUUCCUCCCCCUCCUCUUAAUC